UCCGAGCCGAGCACGCUCAGAGACGCAGAUGUCCCGGCGCUGUUCCGGGAGCCCUACAUCCUGUCGGGCUACCGGCCAGUGGGACUCUCCUGGCGCUGCUAUGUCCUGAGCAUCUUCCAAAUGCACAACGAGACGCUGAACGUGUGGAGCCACCUGCUGGCCGGAGUGUGCGUUGCGCUGAGAUUUGGAGCGUUUGCUGUGUUUCGUGGAGGGGGUGUUCUUGGCCUGAGACUACAAGGCCCUGAGGGUCAGGGCCUCUCACUGGACCCAGCCUCCCUCCCCCUGGUGAUCUACGUGUUGUCCUCCCUCACCUACCUGAGCUGCAGCACAGCCGCACACCUGCUGCAGUCCCAUUCGGAGCUGGCCCACUACUCCCUGUUCUUCUUGGACUAUGUGGGUGUGGCCGUCUAUCAGUAUGGCUGUGCCCUGGCCCACUUCUUCUACAGCUCUGCUGCUGACUGGAGACACAGCGGGAUUGGGGAGGUCUUUCUCCCUGCCGCCGCCCUCCUGGCAUGGCUGACCUGCGCCAGCUGCUGCUUUGCCAAGCUGCAUUACCGGCGGCCAUACCCUCUCCAUCGCAAGCUGUUCCAGGUGGUCCCCACAGGUCUGGCCUAUCUCCUGGACAUCAGCCCGGUCGCCCACCGCCUCGCUACCAACAGCUGGGCCAGCAACUCGGCAUUCCCCCUGCAUAGCUUACAGAUGCUGCUCUUCAUCCUGGCUGCGUUCUUCUUCUCCUGUCCCGUGCCGGAGCGGUACGCCCCGGGCCAUUUCGACAACGUCGGCCACGGCCAUCAGCUCUUCCACCUGCUGCUGGCCCUCUGCACGCUGGCUCAGCAGGAAGCUCUCUUCCAGGACUUCCUGUCGAGAAGGCCAGCGAUGAUUCGGGAUUUUGGGGAGGGGAGUCUCCUACUGGCCUGUGGCUCCUUCCCUCUGCUGGCUCUUUGCAGUGGCCUGAUAGCCUUCCUCAUGAGAAGGAGAGCUCGCAUGAGACUUUGGAAGGAACAGAGGUAG